UGACUUUUUAGGGAUGGAUUGGACGCCCUUGUAUCUCAUGUGAAUUGGUAUCGUUCGAAAAUUGGUAUCGAUGAAAAUUAAGGUCAUUUGCCAACUGUUCCAGAGCGAACACACGUCGUUGCCUAUGGUCAUUUACCUUCAGUUCCUGGAUUAGUUGAAUUUUGUACGGGUGCAGGUGCAAGUCACGACGCAAAAUUUAAAAAUUUACCAAAUUGUGGUCUGACCGACCGGUCAAAGUUUAUUGUUGUUUCGUAUGUACCGAGAUACACUCAUAGUUUGGUUCGAAUUUUUAAAACUUGAGCAUAUAAGUAGCUUUUAGAAGAGCUUGUACACUGAAGUGUUUGGUAACACACUUGACAUGACACUAGACUUCUGGAUACUUUCGAAAGCCUGGGAAUAGCAAAGUGCGGCACGAGAACUAUGAAAACCGUCGAAGAUCAAACAACUCAUAUUGUAAAUUUUUCACGAACGACUCUUGUUGAGAUAUUUCUCUCUAAUUUACACUUGAAACAUUAUCAAUGCACGACUGAAAGUGGAAAUGACGGUUCACUUUGGUUUAUAUAAAUAGGCAUCAGUAUGCAGAAAAAUAUUGUCAAAGACGAUGACAAAGGGAGAAAUACAUAUAAAGGUGAAAAAGUUGUGAAUAUUUUUAAUUUUGAUAUAUUUUUCUAAUGAUAUAACUGUCGGUAAAUUCUCUUCUAUUACACAAAACAAUAUUGCUUAUGGAUAUUAAGAAAACCAACCACUGAAUAUUAGUCGGCAUGACCUUGACAUGAGAUUAAAUCACAAAACGAUUACAGUUAAUGUAUCAAUAGGGUCGUAAAAACGACCCUAUCUUACAUCAUAUGUUUAUGUCUCCUGAGAAAGAAAACCGUUAUCCCAGUAAAAUUUACAAAUUUGAACAAAAUUGAUUUUUAGUUGGCAAUACUGGAUGAUUUUAUGAUUAUUCCAGUAGGAACCUACACUUUCGACAUUUAGAAAUAUCUUUGUGAGCAUCCUUCAAAUUUUAAAUGUCAGUAAAAGGUGGUAGAUGGCAGAACCAUUAGUUUAUAUCUUCUGCCUUCUGUCAAAAAUUAAUCAACACAUUGAGAGUUUUUACAAUUUCGAAGAAUUUAUUGUUAUUGAUUGAUUGGAAUCACGGAAAAUGAAGUAGCAAGCAUUGACUUCAAAGAGUGACUGUCGUUAGAAUGAGUUGGUGAAAAAUAAAAUUCCAUUCAGUAAAAAUGGGAUGGUUUACAUGUUGUCAGUGCAAGUCAAAAGAAGAAAAAGUAACAGAAUUGGAUUUUUCACGUUGUGGAAUAUCAGAAGUACCUAAUGAAGUUUAUGCAAACUCACCAACUCUUGAAGUAUUACAUUUAGAAGGAAAUAAGCUGAAAGAUUUAUCCCCACAGUUAUUCCAGUGCAUAGAUCUGAGAUAUCUCAAUGUGAGCGAUAACGAAAUCCGAGCCAUACCACCACUAAUAUCAAAACUGACCAAUCUACAAGUUUUAAUAUUUAGUAAAAAUGUUUUAGAUGGAGUUCAUCCUAACUUAGACAAAUUAAGUAAACUAACAUUGUUAGACCUCAGUAUGAAUGACUUAGGAAGAGUACCAGAUGCUAUAAUGAGCCUUAUUAACUUGCAGCAACUUUGUUUAAAUGAUACAGGAAUUGAUUUUGUUCCUGCUAAUAUUGGACGCCUUUCCAAUUUAAGGAUUCUCGAACUAAGGGACAAUAAUUUAUGCGAAUUGCCAAAAUCCAUUAGACGUUUAACAAAUCUACAAAGACUUGACGUGAGCGACAACAACCUGUCAAAUUUGACUGAGGUGUGCGAGGCGCAUGGAAACCUAACCGAGUUAUGGAUAAAUGGCAACAAUAUUUUCGAACUUUCUGUAUCUAUCACUCACUUGAAAAAAAUCAACGACUUUGAUGCUUCCUAUAACAAUCUGGAAUCCAUCCCGAAAGAAAUAGGCCACUGGACUAAAAUAAGUAACCUGAUUUUGAGCUUUAAUAAUUUAACUUCGUUACCAAAAGCACUGGGAAAUCUUCGUAACCUUCAAGUGCUUAAGCUUGAAUGUAACCUUUUGGAAGAAUUACCCUGUACAAUUUGUAAAUUGGUUAAUUUGGAAGAACUUAACCUGCAAAGUAAUCAUUUGACGAAAUUACCUAGUGGGAUCGGACAACUGAGAAAGCUGGCCACUUUAAUUUUGUCUGACAACAAACUAGAGCAGUUACCUUCAGAAAUCGGGAGUUGCUGCGAAUUAUCGAUCCUAAAUGUCCACAAUAACCAACUAGAAAAACUUCCUGAUGAACUGGGUCAUCUUCAAAACCUGACCACUCUAGGCCUGAUAGGAAACAAACUUUCCUACCUUCCAAUAACAGUAUCGAAAUUGCGCAAUCUGAAAGCUCUUUGGCUGACACCAAACCAGACCCAACCGCUCAUACAUUUGCAGAAUGAAGAGUUACCCGAUGGUCAAGUGGUGUUGACAUCAGUCGUCUUUCCUCAGGCUCCCUUGAGGGAGCCUUUACCUACGUGUACACCAAUCACAAAUCAGACCACUCACAUCACUUUCAAGACUGAUAGAACUGAACCAGAAGUUACCGACCCACAAUUGGCGCUUAGUCGCACUCCUACACCGCAUCACAAAGAGUUGAAGAGACUUAGGGAGAUAUUGCGCAAUACGCACAUUUCUGGAAAGCAGGUCCUAAACGUGUCAGAGAUAAAAGAAGCCAAAGUGACAAAUAUAUCGGGAGACCUAAAUGUGUCUCAGAUCAGUUUGAACGGACACGAGGGCACCGAAAUAAUGGAAAGUCUCUCCGAUAUAGCCAGAGAAACUAGCAAAACCCCUCCAAAACAACCUCCGCCGUAUCACAUAGCUGCAGCCUACUCAAAAAAUGCCCAUCUUUUCACACAUAAUCAAAGUCCGAUUAGUCCUCCUAGUCCCCACGAUCAGCCAAAGCAGUUUAGCCAGCAACAACCAACUAAUAUUCAUAUGCCGACACCAAAGUUGCCCAAUAAUAGAAAUUAUGUUCCGGUGCUUCAAAUUGCCGAGGACAAAGCCACUAAAUCGACUUCGACCAGCACAGAGGAGGAAUUUCAUCGGGGGAAACAUGUUAGGUGGCCUUUCGGAAGACACAAAGUUUAUCAAGUGUUGGAAGUUGAGGUGCCUGAGAGCUUUUCGAUUGAUGAUUUUCGAAUAACCGCGCACAGUGAUGGUAUUUUUGUGAAGGAUGUCGAUCCGGAAAGUGAAAUUUCUCAAAAAUUGUUUGUUGGAGACAAAAUAUUAGCAUUCGAUGAAAUUGACUAUACCGUCGUAGAACCAAUAAUGGCCUACCAAGAUGCCUGUCAGAGAUUAGGGGGUUUGAAAGUAAUUACCAUCUCUAGGAACCAAUGUAUGUAAACUGUAAUUCUGAAUACUCUUUCAUUGAUAAAAUAAAUCAUUAGGAUUUGUUGGAAAAAUAUUGUGAAGGGCAAAAUAUUAGUGAAUUACUGAAUUGCACUUGAGCAAGUGAGAGGGAUCAACUACUUUAAGAUCAUA